ACAGUAUUUACAUACACAGUAGGUACUUAGAUACUCUACAGUUUCUAUUAUUUUUAAGACGAAAAACUAAUUUUCCUAGUGAUAGAGAAACAAACACUAAAUUGUAAACAAUCACGUGCUUCCUUACGAGUGAUCAAAUACUCUAAUCUCUAUCGUUAUCACGCAUUCUAUUUAUUUUUUCUAAGUUCAUUUUCUCGUAUCUGCUUAACACUGGUGUCAAACGGGCGAACGCCAUAUCCUAUUACGUCGGUUACCUAUACGUUUUUCAUUACUUCGUGAAGUAAAAUUCUACUUCGGAAAACUCUUUGUUUGUCAUUCAAAUAAUUAAAUUACUCUGAUGUUAGUACACAUUUAAAUGGAUUUUUUCACACACGAACCACUACGAUUGAUUAAAAAUUAGAAUUUAAGUUGUUUUUAAAAAAACAUUUUUAUUUAUACAUACCUACGGAAAUACUAACUAUUCUUUAUGACAAUGGAAUAUUCGGAGGAAAUCAUCAACUGUUCAGAAUGGAUCAAAUGCAGAAAAUUCGAAAAAGUAAAUCGUUUUUGAUAAAUAUAUAAUCUGUAAAUGUUAUCUAAUGAUAUAUCGUGUAAAAUAGGUGUGUAUUCAGUUACCUGACUAUAUGUUGGAUCAAAGUGUACUGAUAUCAUCUGAAUUCGAAAGACUAUUGGGUUAUCGUGUGUAUAUACUUGGUGAUACGUCUUAUGGCAGGUGAGCAAUAAUCAUAUCUAAUUUUUUCAAGUCAUAUGUGACUUGCACAUUUGUCGGUUUAGUCUUACCUAUAAGUAAUAAAAUUUUUUAGUUGUUGUGUUGAUGAAACAGCCGCCGAACAUGUAUCGGCUGACUGUAUUGUACAUUUUGGCCGAUCAUGUCUGACACCAAAUAGUCAUCUUCAAGUGUAUUACAUUUUGCCAAAACAUUCUUUAGAUAUUGUUAAGUGUACAGAUUUGAUAUCCAAUACGUUUGAUUUGAACACUGAACCGGUUUUGGUAUUGUACGAUGUAGCUUAUCAGCAUCUUCGAGGUAAUGUUUAAUUUUAGAAAUAUUUUACCAUUUUAAUUAAAAUAUGUUUAAUAUAAUAUUGUAUUAUUUUAGACAGUUUAGCGAAAUCAUUGGUGUCUAUUAAAUCAAUAAUGCUGUCUGACCUUAAUUUACCAGGACAUGAAAUAUCCAAUGACCCUGAUGGCAAAUAUAUAAAUAUGUUCGGUAGAAGGUUUCCUAAUUUAAACUACAAACAUAUUGUUUAUAUAGUUCACGAUAACUACAUGAACAACGUAGAUAGGUUUAUAUUAGAAAAAAAAGGUAACAAAAUAUGGUUCUGAUUAUGUACUUUAUGACAUAAUUGAAAUUUAUACUUAAGUUGGAUAAAUGUGUUUUAUAGAAUGCAAAGUCUACAUUUACGAAAGUAGUUGUGAUAUAUUAACACAACGAACACUAACAUCAGUAAUAAAAAGAAAACAUUAUAUCAAAGAAAAAAUAAGGGAUUCUACUCAUAUUGGAAUACUUGUAUGUAGCUUAAGUAUCAAAGACCUUUUAAAAAACAUUAAUCGAGUGAAAUGUUUGUGUAAAAAAGCAAAUAAAAAAUGUUAUAUUUUUUCUGUUGGACGUCCUAAUGUUGCUAAACUGGCUAAUUUUCCAGAGGUUAAUAUAUUUUCGUUUUUUUGGUUAAUACUAUACUUUCAUUAAUAAUAAUUAAUUUAUUAUUUUAGAUUGAAAUCUUUGUUAAUAUUACAUGUGCAGAAGGAGUUAUUGAAAAUCAAAAAGAAUACAUGCAACCGAUUGUUAAUAUUGAAGAUAUGGAAUUGGCUUUAGGUGUUGAGAAUACUAAUGGUAAGGAUAAUAUUUAAUGUGUUUAUAUUUAUUAUGUUAUUAAAAAAAAUAUAUAUAUAUUUACAUACAUUUUUUAAGAUUUACCAGAUGUCUCUUUAGUCACUAAUAAAUUGAGAAACAUUACAAUGCCAAAAGAGGUAGCUGAAUCAUCCUCAGAAUUAAACGUCAGAAUAGAUAUGUCUUUAUCAGCAGUUACUCAAAACAGAACGUGGACAGGUCUCAAUCCACACGACACUCGACCUCCAGUUAUAAUAGCUACUGAAGGAAGGAAAGGCACGCCAAGUUCGGGGUAUACGACAGUUGAUUCAGAUCAUCGUAGCUGAACAGAACUGUAGUUACUGUCGGUGUAAUUCAAAUAUUAAGGAAAAUAUUCUAUUUUAUUUUAUGAUGACUUAAAAAUCAAUGUCAAAACUGUGUUAUGAGUUGAGUUCAAAUAUUAGGUUUACUUAUUAGGUAGUUUUGAAAUUGUUGACUAAAAAAGUUAACUAUGUACAUUGUAUUAAUGUAAUUGUAAUUUAUUACAUAGUUACUGAUUAGGACUCGGAACUUUGUGUUCUGUGGUGUUUUUAUUUAAAUUUGAAUUCAAUAGUCAAUAAGCUAUAAUUUUCAAAAAUUUUCUGUAUAUGAAGUUUAAAAACAAUAUCUAACUAUAAUGGAACUGGUGUUGCUGUUUUUUAUUGUUUUUUUAGAACUAAUAAGUAUACAAAUUAGGAUAAACUUCUAAGAAUUGUACAGAAAUUCAUAUUAUCUUAAUUUAUGUUUAAAUUUUAUAAAAUUUGAGGAUGGUUUAUUUGUAAGUUUAAUAUAUGAAAAAUGCUAAAAUUGUGAAAGUUAACAAGAAAGAAAUUGAAAGGAAUCCGGUGUUUUUGCUUUAAAAUAUAUGAAAAUGUAUUGUUUGAAAUUAUUAAGAUUGUUGAAAAAUGCUGAAAAAGAUGUUAAAAUAAACUGGAAAAAUAGAAGUGAGACAGAAAAUAAAGAUUUAGAAAUGUAUUUAGAUUUGUAUAAUUAUAUCUUACAUUGAAAACAUGAAAAAAUAUAACAAAAUAAUAAAACUUGGAUACAAAAGUUCUGAAAUUUCAAAGCGUGUAUUGAUGAUAAAUGGUUUUUCGUUGAGAAAAUUGGGUUGAUGUUUAAUUGUUGGAAAAUCAAGAAAUAACAGUUCAACAGGGGUCUUAUCUAGUUAAAAGUAAUUAGGUGACUUGCAAUAGUAGAUGUCAUAUGUAUUUAUCUUUAAUUUACUUAGUUUCAUGUGUUUACAAUAGUAUUAUGUACAACUUGGAAUUUGGACUAGAUUAGUUAAUUAAAAUUAUAAAUCUUCAUUUAUUUUUGACAGCUUUCAGUAUAUUUACCCAUCCC